CUUUACGGCUGCUUUGUUCUCAUACACAUUAAAAAAAAAAAGGUCUAAAAGAAAAAGUCUUAUCAACUGAUACAUGUGCCUGAUAAUACUGUAAUGCAUUCAUGUGAUCAGCAUACGUCUCAGACGGACACUAGAAGACACAAGCCAUCGAUGAGAUCAUUAAGCGACACAUGACAGGACGACCACUGACAAACCAAUCCAUUGAGAUCAUCGGUUUGUAGAAAGCAGUAGAUGCUAUGGCGUUUCUGCGGAGGAAUUAUCUUUGGCUGCUCAGAUCUGUGUGACCCAAGCUUCUGACUUAUGAUAUUUCAUUUGUCAUCGGUCCAAGUUUCACACAUGAAAAAAGCUAUGCAAGUUCGGGUUCUCAUUGGUGUAAUGAAAUGUAAGUUUUCCAAGCAGAAUACAGGCACCCUUUUUUUUUUGCCCUUUUGGUCUAGUCUUUUUUCUUUUUCAUCCGUGAUAUUCGUCUUCACCGCUCAUUCUCAUGCUUGAUCAUCUCGUUGGAAGACCAUCGGCUAAUUGGAAGCGGAUCCAAAUCAUCCUCACACUGAUAACUGGCUGUUGGAUCCUCGCCAAAGGGAAAACGAACCGAUUACCUCAAAUUUUCCAAACUUGGAAUCGAUCCACAGCACGGCAUGCACCUUGGAAGAUCGCUUUAGCUUCUUGGAUGUUUUAUUACUUGUUGCGUAACUUAUUCCAUCUUGUUGGUCUUAAUGCCCCUGAACCUCUGGCGAGAUUGUAUAAGCGCAGUUUCUACCGUGCUACGUGGAUUUUGACAGCAUUGGAUGCCGGUUUCUUUACGGCAAUGCCUUUGAAGCCAAUGUGGUUACGGCACAUUACCUCGCUUCUCUUUUCAAGCUAUUAUCUUGUUUUUGCAGAUGCUGCGGAAGAAAAAGUACGACGCGUUCGUGCCACCAUGUCUGUGGAUCAAAUGCGGGUUUCCUGGGAGAAGGGGGCCACCAAUCCUAUCCUUUUUUUCGCAGCCGGAUUGCUACGGCCGAAAUUAUCGAUGCGCAGAAUCAUGCUCAUUGAUCGUCCGUCAUAUAACGAGCACCUUCCUCCCGUAGAAAUAUACCUGUUUUAUGCGGGUGAUUGCGCCACCUUUGUGGAUAACGACACGCUUCUUCUACAGUUUCCGGGUGGCGGCUUCGUUUCCAUGCCACCUCCGUGUCAUGAAGAUGCCAUCGCUGCCUGGGCGAAGCAAACCGGUCUUCCCAUAUGCAGUGUCAAUUAUAAAAAGGCCCCUGAAUAUCCAUACCCAUGGCAAAUCAAUGAAUGUUUUGAUCUGUACCUGAAACUCAUUGAAACGCAAGGAAAAAUUCUCGGCUUGUCCGGUGAAAAACCACUCAAAGUAAUCAUCCUCGGUGACUCUGCCGGCGGCAACUUGACAGCAGCAGUGAUUUUGAAGAUAAUUGAACAUAACAAGAAACUUGAAAUGACGUUCAUGCCCAACUUGCAAGACUCUUUACUAACUACUUCCUACGUUAUGGCGGACACGGAACAAGCAUCAUCAAAGACAAUAGGCUCUAUACUCGAUAAACCUAUUCCCAUGCCUGUUGGUCUGAUCCUUAUCUAUCCUGCGUUGGAUUUUGAAAUGUCCUGUUGGAUGGCGCCUUCCCAGUUGUCUCUUAUACGCGCCGAAUCCAAGAGCCAACUCUUCCGCACGGAAUCGUUGGAAUCGCUUUGGCAAUCCAAAGACCAUCUGAGUCACGCCAGUCCGCUGAGUGUCGUUCCUGAUAUAGAUGAUCAAAACAGCUUAUGGCGUCGAGUGACAAACAAGCUGUAUUCACGCAAAACGAGCGCCACGCGUCACUCCCAAACUAUUCGCGAACGUGUGCAUUCGAAACCACCUGCAGCCGUUGCUUGGGAAUCCUCACGACUCGCCUUGACGAGUCGUAUGAGCUACUUUAACGAUCGAAUCAUUACUCCUGAUCUGAUGCGUGCUAUGGCGAUUUUAUAUUUGGGCCCUCACGCGUGUCCUGAAUUUGAGUCGGAUUACCUCUUAUCGCCCACGGUGGCUCCACUGGAUUUGUUGGCUCGAUUCCCGAAAACCUACAUGAUGUGUGGCGAAAAAGAUCCAUUGGUGGACGAUACCGUUAUUUUUGCUGGACGUUUGCGACAAGCCAAAAGUCAGAAUCAUCAGGAUGGCCAAUUUGAUGGCAUUCGAGUGAAAUUUCUUCAAGGUAUGAGCCAUGCUUUCCUUCAAAUGAUGGCCUUUUUACCGGAAGCACAGCAAGCGACGCGAGCGAUUGGCGAUUGGAUCUUGGAACUGCGAAACGACGCAUCGCAUGAUCCCUCUAGCAACCCCACAAAAACAAUACACUCAUCCGUAGACAUUAUCCAAGUAACGACUGACACCGGCGGUCACCAUGUUGCAGAAAUUGUGACGACAGAGAAAGAUAUGAUCCAUCGAAGAAAACAGCAGGUCGUCAAGAGUCUUUAUGCUGAAUAACACUUGUAGUACUGUAGAUCAAUACAUAUAAUGCGAGUCAUGAUCAUUGUAUAAUAUAGUAUUACUCUUCCUUCGUUAGUUAAAACUGCAAAAAUAAUGACUCUCUACGACCUCUUUCUUUUUUUUUGCGCAUUCAUAAUGGUUCUUUGGCAUGGC